AUGUCUGAAGUUUUCACCCCUAUACCCGAGGCUCUUGAAAGAUUUAAGAAUGGUGAAUUUCUCAUCGUAAUGGAUGAUGAAGACCGUGAGAAUGAAGGGGACUUGGUCAUUGCUGCUGAACAUAUAACACCUGCCAAAAUGGCGUUCUUGGUGAGAGAAUCUUCUGGGUACAUUUGUGCCCCAUUGAGCAACGCUCGCGCGGAUCGUCUUAAAUUGCCUCUCAUGCUACCACCAUCGACCCAAACAGAUCGCCAUCACACUGCUUAUACUAUUACCGUCGACUAUGCUAUUGGCACCACUACCGGUAUCUCUGCUGGUGAUAGAGCUAAAACAUGCCAGAUGUUGGCAAACGAUGAAGUUAAGGCAGAGGAAUUCACUAGACCGGGCCACGUUGUUCCACUUAGAGCUGUCGAUGGUUUGCUCAAAGAAAGACAAGGUCACACAGAAACCGCGGUCCAGUUAUGCCUUUCAUCUGGUUGCAAAGAUGCUGCCGUGAUUUGUGAACUUGUCAGAGAAGAGGAUGGCAUGAUGCAGCGACUUCCAGACUGUGUGGAAUUUGGAAAGAAACAUAACAUUGGUAUAAUAACCAUUAAAUCCUUCAAGAAGUACCUUGAGGAACAGUAA